AAGGUGACACUUUAAUUUUUACAAAAGUUUGGGGUUCACUAAAAUACUUUAAAACCCCCUUUAAAAAUCUCCACAAAACCCUGUCUUUCCCUCUCAUUUGAGAGCAGAAUUUAAUCAAACAUGGAAAACCAUUCAAUUCUAAAUUGGUUUUCUCUGAAUUUAUGUGUUGUAUUGUUUCUGGGUUUCUUUGAUUACUCAUCUGCGGACUCGCUUCCGUACAAUUCCUUCACCAUUUCCAGCUUCAAUUACCCCAAAACUAAAAUCAAACCUUAUGAGUGGCGUUAUAUUAGAGUUGAUUUGCCACCAUGGUUUUCUUCAGUGUCUAUAGGACUAGAGUCAGAUGUCAACCUUGGAGAUAGGAGUUUGGAAAAGAUUUCCAAAAGCACGCUGCCCCUCAUUUGCUUCAGAGCUGGAAGUCCUCCUCUUCCUGAUUCCUCGAACAAGGCUCUGAAUCAUUUAGUUUUGGGAUCUCUUUCUAAUGGGUCAGUUGGAGCCAUUGAAGAUGCACAAAAUUCUGAGCUAUGCUACCCUUUGGAAAAAAGGGUAACUUUGAAAUUGACAAAUGAGCAGAUAACACCCGGUGUCUGGUAUGCUGGCCUUUUCAAUGGUGUUGGAGUCAUGAGGACACAGUCAAAGAUGAUUAGUAGAGGAAGUUCUUACUCCUUUACUGCCAAUGUGAGUGUGGAUGUAUGUAUAGCAUCAAAUUUAUGGGGACAAUUCUGCAACCAGAGCAUCAAAGCACUUUCAUGUUCUCGAUUAAAUGUUGAUAUUUCAUCAACAAAUGUAUCUGCUUCUGAUUUAAAUGACGGGACUACAAAAAAUGUGGUUUCUUGUAGAGAUCCUGUUAAAGAUUCUUGCCUAGGGGAUAAUGAAACCAGAGUCUACUCCUUGGAAAUAAUUGGAAUGGUAGAGAGAUUGACCAUUUCAGCAACAGACAUCAGACAAAACAAAACAUCAUCAUUUAACAACGCAGAUACAGUUGGGAAAGUUUCUUUAAUGUGUUAUGCUCGCUAUGGUGCGAUUUCUGUAGCCACCAUGCAUGAUUUCUCUGGUGACAUCAGUAGAGGCUCUUUAAUUAUCCCAUUACCAAAGGUAGGUCGCUGGUAUAUCACUAUCGCUCCUGUUAAUUUAACGAAAGGAUUAGCUGCGGUUCAAGAGAGUGUCACAAGAGUUUGCUAUUCUCUGGCAUGGGAGAUAGCUGAAUGUCCCUUAGGAAAAGCGGGAUUCGACUGUAAUUCAGAAAUAUACACGCUUCAGACAGUGCCGAGGAAAAAUCCAUUCAUUCCCUUUGAAUCUUAUUAUGUGCCACUGAAUGGGAAGGUGUCUUCUGAUUCAGCAAACUUUCCUCUUCAACCCCUUCUAAGCAACUCGACAGAGGGAAGAAAUUCUUCUGGUAUCACUUGGACAUACUUAGUUGUUGACAUUCCUCUUGGUGCGGCUGGGGGAAAUUUGCACUUUAGAUUAACAUCAGAGGAAAUUGUUGGUUAUGAGAUAUAUGUGAGAUAUGGUGGGCUUUCAUCUUCUGAUAUAUGGGAUUUUUACUACAUAAACCAUAUGAACAGCAGCGACAGUUCUAUGUUUUUCCUUCUAUAUAAUUCUAGCAAAGAGAUGGUCGAUUUCUACAUCUUAUUUGCUAGGGAAGGAACCUGGAGCUUUGGCUUGAAGCAUCUGAAUUCCAGUAAUAUGGAAUCCUUAGAGAAGACGUCAGUUUCAGUUUCUCUUGAAAGGUGUCCCAAGAAAUGUUCUGCCCCUCAUGGAUCUUGUCAAAAUUUUGUGGACGAAAGUGGCUUGACAUUAUACAGCUACUGUGCUUGUGAUCGGACCCAUGGCGGAAUUGAUUGCAGCGUUGCAAUUGUAUCCCAUCGAGGACACAUCUGGCAAUCAAUUUCCCUUGUCGCAUCUAAUGCUGCUGCUGUUCUCCCUGCGUAUUGGGCUCUUAGAAAUAAGGCAUUUGCGGAGUGGGUUAUUUUUACAUCUAGUGGAAUUUCAAGUGGACUUUAUCAUGCUUGUGAUGUGGGAACUUGGUGUGCAUUGCCAUUUCGUGUGUUACAGUUUUUGGAUUUCUGGCUGUCUUUUAUGGCGGUGGUGAGCACAUUUGUGUAUUUGGCUGCUAUAGAUGAAGCUUCAAGGAGGACUAUCCAUGCUGUCGUAUCAAUUCUUACAGCUUUGAUGGCGAUAACUCAGGCAACCAGAUCUUCAAAUUUAGUUCUGGUAAUUGCUAUUGGAGCCACGGGUUUGUUUAUUGGUUGGCUCAUCGAGUUAUCCACUAAAUUCAGAUCAUUGUCCUUCCCUGCUGGAUUUUGUUUGAGUGAAUUUUACAGCUGGCAGAGCAUAAAAACAUCACUUCAGAAAUGUAUGAAGCUGCUCUUGAAGCGUUUUCAUUGGGGUUUUUUGCUGGCCGGUUUUGUUGCACUGACAAUGGCGGCUGUAAGCUGGAAACUUGAAACCUACCAGAGUUAUUGGAUUUGGCAUAGUUUAUGGCAUGUGAGCAUAUAUACAUCUUCUUUUCUCUUUCUUUGCUCGAAGGUUACACCUAGAGCAGCCGACAUUGAGAACCGGAGAACACAGAGUGAAAACUACCAAUUGACACAGCAAGAGUCGAAUUCUCAUGGAGCUCAUUAGAGUAGAACUCUUAACCAACCAUGGUUUUCUUCCAUACUGGUCAUUGUGAAGGUGGUAUACCCAGGUAUUACCAGAAGACCACUUUAAUCAGUGAGCGUUUCUCAACUUGUGUCUUAUCGUAUGUUCCAUCGUUCGAUGAUUUAACACAUCACCAACUCAAAAUCAGUUAUUAAAUGGUGUGGGUGAAUUUAGAUUGUAGAUAAUGUAGCACAAUUGUAGAUAUUGGGUUAUAAGAUGAGACAUCAAAAAGGAGUUAUAGGGUCUCUACUAAGAACAGGUUUUUACAUUAUUGUACCUGUUUCUUGGAUAGAUCUCGAGUAUCAGUGUUUACAGACUUC